CAGCAGUCAGUGACAGGACAGCAAGCAAUUGACAGAUAGACAAGAUAAAUUGUGCUGCUUUUCUAUUUUACAGUUUUUUCAUAAAUCUGAAAUGAUAUUAAAAUAAAAUCGUAAUUUGUAUGUAGUUUCUUACAAUUAUUUUGUUUUGCUAUAUACCCGUAACUGGAAGAUAUCGUGUGCUUGCGGAAUUUAUUAUGAACUGAUAAGUGGGUGGAUUCCUGAUUUUUUUGUGUCAUGCCCGAAAUAUUGGUGAAUACUGAUGAUGAAAAAUGAAGGGUGUCGAUAGCUCUACGGGGAAUCGCGAAGGAAUGACCAACAAACCUAUUGUGACGUGUGCGGGCGAUUGGAAUUUAUUUUGUACACUAGAGGCGCCCCUCGUGGCGGCUAUACCUCAAGACAAAACCGAGUGGAGACGAUCUUAUGGAAGACCACCUAAACCUGUGUACUUGGAGGCAUCAUUUAUUAAGUUUAAUAAAGAUAAAAUCCAAUCCGAAUUCAACUUAUUAAAACGGCCAAUUUUUCACAUAUAUUGGACAGAUUGUGUGGAUGUGGAAUACUACAAAAACACUUUAAGGGAAGAAGUAGAAGCAUGGUUCAAGCAUUUGGAGAGUAUUGGAAUAACUGACUGGAUGGUAGUUCUUGUUGAAACUUAUGACAUCCGCAAAGCAAAUAAAUUACUACCAAGAACUACAGUGUUGGAUAAAAUCAAAGGAGAUUUUGCUAACAAGCAGAAUGAAGAUAGGUUUUUGUCUGUUAUAAAUCCAAUAAAAUCCGAGGCUAGGAGUGUGGAGUCAUGGCGGUCUUUGGUGGCGAAGAUCAGACAUUUCAUUCUGAUCUCUUACAAUAAAGCCUUGAUAAAGUUUGAGGAGCACAUGAGGGAACAAAGAGAGAAGCGCAAUGAUCCAGAUUGGGAUUUUUGUAAAUAUUUUAUAUUACAGGAACAGCUAGCAUUUGUACUUGAAAUGCUGGGUUUGUAUGAAGAAGCACUAGUCCAAUAUGACGAAUUAGACGCUCUGUUCUCGCAAUUUGUGCUCAAUUCAAACGUGACUGAAAGUCCAAAAUGGCUUGACACAUUCAGACAACCAGUAACAUCUUGGCAAGCAGUAAAGCUGACUGCCUUAGUGCCACAACAUUUACGGGAACUUAUUAUAAAGAAAACUGCCUCUCUGCUAGACUUUAGGAGCUAUUUAUUUCAACGUCAAAGUGCCAUGUUAUUACUUAUGUUUAAGCCUAAAGAGGACACUGAAUAUAGCAAGAAUAUUUUGAUGGAUAUUGCAACACGUUGUAUAAGUACAGUACAUAACACUCUCGUAGAACUAUCUCUACUCAACGCGCAUGCGGUAGAAGGCGCCGCCGCAUGCUGGGCGCAGCUCGCGUGCGCAGAAACAUUACGCGCAUGCGAGAGGCUCGCCGCCUCUAAUGACGCGCGGGAAAUGUGCACGGCUAUGCAAGCACCGUUGUUACAUAAUGCUAAAGAUAAGCUACACGAACUAGGAAAACUAUGUGGCCUACUCCCCGGGUCUCCGGAGCCCACAUCGGAACAGCUCCACCUCGUGGUCAUGCUCUCGGCGGGCAUGGGCGACAGCGACACGAACAACCAACAGACUCCAACGGAUAGACUGAAGGAGGCGCUGUGUAACAAAACCAGUUUCCAGCAAUAUUAUCUGGAAUUGGCUGAGAUGGCGAUGGGAACAUAUAAGCAUAUUGGGAGGUUAAGAUUCGCCCGCCUAAUCGGACGUGACUUGGCCGCGUUUUACUCAGAACUGGGAGAGACGGGAAAAGCGGUAGUAUUCUUGAUGGAUGCGCUAAGAUCCUAUGAAGAACAGGGCUGGAAAGACUUGGCUGCACAGACCAGGUUGGAGCUGGUGGCUGCCGCCAAGAAGAUGAACGAUGUAGAUAGAUACACAAAGCUCUCUGCAACAAUAGCGUGCACAGCCGAAUUAGAAAUACUAGUCAGACAUUUCUACUUCGAGGAAAUGAUGAAAUCCAUCAAAGACAACCUCUCCGACAAAACCGAGACAGUUUUAGCCGAACUUAACGACUGUUUUAAAGUAAUAUCGGCCAAUAUUUUACCGUCCGAAAGAGGAAUAUAUAUCACUGACAAUAAAGUUCAAUGUCGCUUGAAGAUUGAAAGUUUUUUACCCAAAGAAGUGGUUUGCACAAAAGCAGCGAUUAGUAUAGAACCUUGUAAGGAGGAUAAGAGUAGAAAGACGCCUGUCAAAGGUUAUAAGACUGAUUUAAGUGUUAAUGGUAGUGUAAGCGCCCAGAAUUCGCCGAGGAAGGCGCUAUUGGAUGUUGUCGAUGAUUUGACGAAUAUAAUUAGUAGCAUAAGACUGGACGAUUUAAAACCCAAGAAUCCUCUAUUGAACCCUCUUCAAAUCAACUCCCAACUGCACUACAAAGAGGAUAAGUCUCUAGAGAAAGCCACAAUCGAAUGCCAAAACCCUAAAGUGACAUUAAAGCGAUCUGACAGCAGUAAAUACAGGAAACCUUCGGCCACAUUAAGAAGUAACUACCAAUAUUCAUUCGUCAAAGAUAGUUUUAGUCUAAAACCCGGAGUAAACGAGAUAGAAUUGGAUUUUUUGGCUAAAAAUUGUGGGUUAUUUAAGCUGGUGCAGAUUUCUUUGGUGGUUGAAGAGAAAUUGGAGUAUCUAUCGAAUGUGUUGGCGAGUAGUAAGUUGGGAUUUGAAGUGGUCACUCAGGGUGUCAAUGUGUACUUGAAUAAGGUCGAGCCGAAGAAGGAUUUGGUGGCGGGACUCGAACAAGAUAUGGAGUUGGUUGUGACCAGCGGCAGUUCGCAUAUAGAGAAGGACGCGACAAUCCUCCUAAAAACAUCGAAUGGUCUUCAAAUACGCUUUGCCGAAUCGGCUGUCCCCAUGGUACGGGAGCUUAGUAUCCCUCUGCCUGAAUGCAAGCCGUUUGAGACCACCAGGGUGCCUCUCCGACUAUUUGCCAGCUUGCAGGCCAGGAGAGAGAAGAGUAUAGAGCAUACGGUUUGGCUAAACUGUCCAUGGUGGGACAACGCGACCGAAGUGCCCCUCCACUUCGCCCCCCCCAUGACCGCCUCCUGGCGGCUCCUCACAUCAAACACCCGCAAGUUCGUUCACGUGUGCCUCAGAUGUUCCGUGGCGCAUCUGAUACAGUUCAUGCUCGAGCACCCACAGUUGACAUGCGAGCCUGACACCACUGUGUGUGAUUUAAAUCCUAGCAACGCGCAAAAUAUGAUCGUGGCUUCGGAUGGAACGACAGCGUCGUUCAUGUGGGAACUACAGAAGGAUCCACUAGUCAAAGCAGGUCCAAUGAAAGCUACCUUCUCCAUACAAUACAAACCUGUAAACUUGGACGAGCCAGCGAGGACCUUCACGUGUCCCUUCGAUAUACAGGACUACACGACGUUGUUCGUCAUCCGAACUAAGUUGGAGCCGAUCAAGGGAGCAGACUUCUGCAGGGCCUCGCAGGUUUGCUGUCUACAAUUGAGUGUGCAAAGAGUGAAUGAAACAGAAUUUACGUCGCUGAUGUACGAGGUGUUAGCGGACCAAUCUAUGUGGGCAGUCCUCGGACGGACAGCGGGUGUAAUAAGCAUGGAAUCUGAGACAGCCACUCCUCAAACAGUUUCGUUAGAAGUCAUGCCGUUGGCUGGUGGAUACUUACCCUUACCCACCGUGAGAUUGUCUAAAUAUAUAGCGGCUAACACAAAAGACCCAAAGAAAGACAUUUCGGCCCACCCCCGCCUCGAACCCUUCAGUCCAGGUCAAGUAUACCACGCGGGUAAAGCGAAACAGGUCCACGUCCUACCACCAGCACCUAAAGAACACUUGGAAGUACCCUAAAGCCUUGGAAUUACUAGAAGUUGAACUAGACAUAGUGAGACUUGAGUACGGCAACAUAGACUUGUGAAGGGUAUAGAAGUGCUUUUUUAUUUAGCAAUAGAGACAGAAAUUGAAAAUGGCGUCGUUUACUUUUAGCGACAUUUGAUUUCGAAAAUAAUUUUCAAAUUUGAAAAUGAGUAAAUAGAUCGAUUUAGUAUUUUGUUUAUGGGAGCUCAUGGGUAAAACAUUUUUCUGAAAUAUUAAUAAACACCUUUUUUUUUCGAUAAUCAUACAUAGUUGUGUGACACAUGUACCAUUCAUGGCACGGGUUAUAAAAUAUGCUGGGACAAAAGUAAUGUUAGACAUAAUGCAUAAAAUAUAGGUUCGAUCCAUUGUCCGACCGCAAUGGCAGUUACACUACGUGGCCAGAAUGGAGUUUUUAUUUACUAACGUUAUCUUGUCAAAUUGCCAUGAAUAUAAAGAGAUUAAUGAUCAUGACAGCAAUUAUUUGAUAAAUGAAUUAACGUGGAUAUAAUGUGUAUCCUAUAUAUAGCGGGAAAACAUGUAUCUUUUUAUAAAUGUCAGUUUAAAUGGUGUAUAUUAUAAAUAAAAACAAUAAUAAAUGUAUAUUUCACACAUGAUAUAUGAGCAGAUUUUUCGUUUAAUAGAAAAAUGCCAUUUCUAUUUAGUAGUAAAUGUAUACGCCAUAGUUGUAUUAUUUUUCUAUAACAGGAUCUAUACUAUUUAAAUUAUAUAGGGUUACUAGCAAUUUAUAACUAUUUAGCUACAGAAAAAUAAACAUUAAUUUGAACUGGAAUCCAAAAUAUUUUAAAAUUUUAAUUUUUAAGUAAAGUAUUAAAAUAUACACAGCUCAAUACUCCAGUCCAGUAUAUUAAGGAUAUAGUUGGUAAUGUAGAAAAUAUAUGUUAGUGGCUUUCAUUUCAAGUGUAAUAAAACUUGGUCUAUAUUUUCUGUAUAUAACGCUCCAGUAACUUUUCUUUUUUAUUAAUUCUUUGCUAAUUAUUGUCAAUGGCGAAUAUAAACGGCAGAUUUUAACAGUCGUUUCUUUAGAAUCUGUUAGUUUGAGAAACAUUAAUAAAUAGGUGACGAGUGAACAUUGUUUCACAGUGUUAUUAAGCUGAAUCUAAGGCCUCUAAGUGUAGACGAAGAAAACAUCAUCGUAAAAUCUUUUUGGACUCGAUAGCUAUCUUUUAUUCAAGGCGAGGCGUAAAUAAAACUAUAUUACAAUAUGCGAUAUAUAGCUUACCUAUUGUUUAUCUGUGUUAGCGAUGUUAUAGAAAAUUUAUAACAUACACAUACAUACAUUUACACAUAAUGGCUGAUAAUAAUAUUACGACUCGAUACUUUAAAUGAAUAUAUAACUUUUUCUAAUGUAUUUAUGUCAAAUUGCAUUGGACCAUCUACUAUUGUGAUAAACAAUAAUUUAUAGUGCUUCAUAAUAAGGUUGUAUAUAUAUUUGUAUAAAAAAAUUAUGAUGUUAUUUCCUGGAGGCAAAUUUUAAUCGUUAAGAAAACAUUAUUUGUAUGUCGGCUAAAAAGGAUUUAUUGGCAUAUAUGAUUAUAUAUAUGCCAAUAUAGUAUAUUUAAGACUUGUUUUACCAUAUGCUGAUAAAGUAUCUGAUAGUGUUUGUGACAUAUCGAACAGAUAGCGUCAAAAUUGUUUUUCACAAGUGUUGGAUAGUGCUAAUUGUCCAAUGACAUCAGGAAGAUUUAUCUAUCGGAUAGGUCAGAUUACAGUAUAACAGUUAAUCAGAAAGUGGUGAAACAGGCCCAUAUUAAAGAAUGUUUCUAGUGCAAUUCAAAAAGCGAACAUUAAAUAAAUCUUUGGCACAUACGGCUGUCAGAGAAUUAUCUUGUUGUAUUAUACACAGGCUAUUUUAUAUGUCAACAAAUGAACAUAGCUUUCGACCGACGCUUACUUAUAAAAUAAAUCUUAGAAACUCUUUUAGGUAUUCUAAAAAAGCAUACCCAUCUCUAUUCCACACCCAGGAGUGAAUGAGAUAGAAUAUGGGUAUCAGGGUACGCUACUUUAUUGUGAAGAACUGAAAUAGAUCAAUGUUAAUAGAAUAUGAGCUUUUUGCUUUUGAUAAUAAGAACUUUAGUGUAGCUUGGACUGUAAAAAUGGGUUUAGGAAAUGACAUUUUUUAAUCAAAAUUAAUAUAAGGCUUUUGCUUUCAGAUAAUUCAAAAACUAUAAAAAUAUUCGUGUUUUCAACCUGUAUCCUUUUUAAUUUUCUAUUAUUCAAUUAAACAUAAAAUAUGAUGCAUCUUUCUUCUUAUGGUUUAUGUUUUCAAGGUGCAGCGUAUUGUUGAAACUUACUGAAGUUUUUCAUUUUAAUAGUUUUCAAUGCUGAAGAAUCGUUACAUAUUUUCAAAUAUUGUCAUACCACAUACUUUGCUUAUAUUGUCGGUUAUUGACACCUUAGGGUAAUCGUGGGAGAUCUUUUUCAAUGUAAAAAAACUGACUAUUUAUGAAAAUACGACUACAUAACGUCCUCAAAUUUUAAAGAUUCGUCUUCCAUUGUAUAAAAAUACAACUGACUAUAUUUAUAAUGUCCUAAUUUUCAAGCCUCAUUGUUAAAAUUUUACAUACAGUCAAAACAAAUUUUCUUGCGGACAUUUAUCUCACACAUUUUAAUCAUGAGAGAAAUAUCCUGCAAUUUAUUUAUUAUAAAAGCGAACAUUGUAUUAUGGUUAUAUAUCCCCCCCCCCCUAUUUAUUAUGUCAAAAAAGCCAACAUUUUCAUACAAUUUGUGUUAAACACACAACUGUUUUAGUUUUUAGUUAAGUUUUGUGUCUAUUAGAUUUGUAAUUAUAUAUUUUUCCUUAGGUUUAAAAUCUAGCUUAUAAAAUGCCAUAUUUUCUUCAAUGCUACAACGAUUCUAUUUCCUAGUCUUAUGUCUCGUCUUACCUAAGUUGGUGCUUAACUCACAAAGUUUGCACCGAAUUUGUAUAAAAAGCGUACAAUGUUAUUCCUAAUAACAUUUAAAGUAAGUUUUUGUAUAUCUUGGUUUAUUUACUGUUAAAGAAAAAACACGAAAGGCAAAACUAAUACCAGCUUAUGUGUGUUAAUAUUGUAAUAUUAUAAAUAUGAAACAAUCAUGUCAAUAUUCUAAUCGUUAUAAAAAAAACCUCUUUAUGCAAAUAGCAUAUUAAAAUAAUUGUAUUGAUUUUAGCGCUACCUUGUUUUAAUGUAAUUAAUCACAUGAGUAGAGUAUGUCAUUGUCUCUUUAUUUCAACAAUUUCUUUAGAUAGAUAUAGACAGAAUAUUUAUAAUUUCAUUAGUCGUAAUAUUUAAGGUGUACACAGGUUAUAAAAUCUACAGCAUGAUUAUAGCUGUAUUACAAUAAUUAUAUUUUCUUUUCCCAAAGAAUAUAACUGGCUUUAAUAAAAUUUAAAGUAUCUAUCUUUUCUAUUACUUCAAAUGUACAUAAAACCGUUUCUUUUUAACAGAAACAUUUAAAUAUUGAUUGAGAGAUCCUACAAAGUAUGGUGGAAAGAACGGUAUUUUCCUAAAUAUCUGUACUCAAGGGUGUACAUUAUUUUAAUUGUUAAAUUCGAGUUGUUUAAUUGGGUUGUAUUUGUAUGUUAGUGAUAUACCGGGUUACUUGCACUACUUUACUACUGGGGUAUUAUUUAAUCUGUGACUUUACACAAAUAGUUUUAUAAAAAAAAUACCUUAAUUCGUGAUAUUUUCUGUGGAAAGUUUAUCCAAUAGCAUGGAUUAGGCCGCCAAUACAUAGUAAGUUAUGGAGCUGUGGAUAUAUCAAUACCCCCAGCUCCACCCGCGACAAAAGACUAUCUCCACACUAAACAUCACUUCAAUCCAUUACUCCAUUUUUAGAAAAAAAAACUUUUUACGUUACGUAAGAAGGACACUUUCACAUCCUUAUAUAAUAAUAUUAUGUGCCCUUAUCGCUCGCUAAAUAAGAAUUCCAGUUCUAUAUUUCACCAAUAAGCCCACCCAUAUAUUUUUUUAGGUAAACGUGGAUUUCGAGUUUCCCAAUUCUCGGCUCUGAUUACCUCAUCAUGUCUGUAUAAAAAAGAUAGCUUAACAGCAGCCCAUACACAUUCAACUUGUGCAAUAAACAAAUCUGUUCUUACAAUAUAAAGGUUGCGUUGUUUUACUUUGAGGUACGGAACCCUAAAGGCUAAAUAUCUAACGCAUUACGAGGUCGCUUAUAUUAUUUCCAAGAACUAUAUAAACAGAUUUCACUGAACAGAAGAAUUAGUAGUACUAAUACGAAUUUUCUAUUAAUCUGUUCGCUUUUAGGGUAUGUAUAACAGCAAAUCAAUCCACCCAAAAUUAUGGUAAACUCGCCUCUAUUUAAGACGCAUAAAAGAUUUAUGGUAACGUGAUAUGCGGUUGACUAUAACACGGAAGCAAGGAACUGUGCAGCGAGUCGUCGAUGUAAAUAGAUUUAGGACUGUAUAACUGAAGAUUUAUUAUGUUUCAUACUAUGUAUAAUACUUAGGAUUUAUGAAUAUAAUGUUUAUUGUUA